GAUUCCUGUCGAACUCCGUAGUCCAGCUGCGGCUGGAAGGUCCGAGGCUGUCUGCCGCCUUCGGUGCCUGUUUUGGAGGAUGGAUCCGGGGCCCGGGGCCAACGGGAUGCCGUUGGCUGGCUUAGCCUGGUCGCCGGCCUCGGCGCCCCCGCCGCGGGGAUUCAGUGCGAUCUCCUGCACUGUGGAGGGGGCGCCCGCCAGCUUCGGCAAGACUUUCGCGCAGAAAUCUGGCUACUUCCUGUGCCUCAAUCCUUUGGGCAGCCUAGAGAAUCCACAGGAGAACGUGGUGGUCGACAUCCAGAUCCUAGUGGACAAGAGCCCCCUCCCGCCGGGAUUCUCACCAGUCUGCGACCCCCUGGACUCGAAGGCCUCCGUGUCCAAGAAGAAACGCAUGUGUGUGAAGCUGGUGCCCUUGGGGGCCGCGGACACAGCUGUCUUUGACAUCCGGCUCAGUGGGAAAACCAAGACAGUCCCUGGAUACCUGCGAGUAGGGGACAUGGGGGGCUUUGCCAUCUGGUGCAGGAAGGCCAAGGCCCCUCGGCCAGUGCCCAAGCCCCGGGCUCUUAGCCGAGACGUGAGGGACCUCUCCCUGGACUCGCCGGGCCAGCCGAGCAAAGGUGGCUUCCCGGAGCCGACACUAUCCAGACUGGGCUCCCGGGCUUCUACCCUGCGGAGGAGCGACUCCAUCUAUGAGGCCUCCAACCUCUAUGGCAUCUCAGCCAUGGAUGGGGUUCCCUUCACGCUGCACCCCCGAUUCGAGGGCAAGAGCUGUGGUCCCCUGGCCUUCUCUGCCUUUGCUGAUCUGACCAUCAAAUCGCUGGCCGACAUUGAGGCGGAGUACAACUACGGCUUCGUGGUGGAGAAGACGGCAGCUGCCCGCCUGCCUCCAAGCGUCUCUUAGCCCUUCAGCGGUCCCAGGGAGGAGCCGCCACAUCUGACACUGCCCGCCACCCACCCCUACCCGCGCUGACUGGCAGCUGCCCAGCCCAUUCCGCCUUGGGACCCUUAGCAGCGCAAGGCAUGCUGGACCCCCGGCCACCUGGAGGAGCUGCAGCCUGGAGGAGGGAGCGUGACUGGUCCGCUCGGUGAUGGGUUCUCUUAUCCCCCGGCCCUAAUGAAUAGGGGUGGGGGCUGGACAGAAACCAGUGCCUUCAAGUCAUUUGUGUCAAAACUCUCUGGUGCCUGGAGGCCAUGCGGGUGUCCUCCUGGUAAUAAACACCACGCUGUCCAGAGGCUAUCUAU